CGGGAUGACCGGCGCCCCCGCCCCGCGGCGCCCGCGGCUCGCCACGGCCUCCCGGGCGCGCUGACCGCGCUCCCGGCCCUGCCCGCCCGCCGCGCCAUGCCGCCCGCGCCCGCCGCCGCCCUGGGCGCGGCGCUGCUGCUGCUGCUGGCCUCGGAGUGCGCGCACGCCGUGAUGCUGCGGGCGCGCGAGGCGGCGCAGUUCCUGCGGCCCCGGCAGCGACGCGCCUUCCAGGUCUUCGAGGAGACCAAGCAAGGCCAUCUGGAGCGCGAGUGCAUCGAGGAGCUGUGCAGCCAGGAGGAGGCCCGUGAGGUGUUCGAGAACAACCCUGAGACGGACUAUUUCUACCCUCGAUACCUGGAGUGCAUCAGCAGGUACGGGUCUCCGUACGUGAAGAGCCCGGCCUUCGUGACCUGCGUGCAGAACCUCCCUAACCAGUGCUCUCCGGACCCCUGUGUUGCUGAGCGGACUCUGCUGUGCCAGGACCUCAAGGGCAACUUCUACUGCCAGUGCCAUGCGGGCUGGGGCGGGCAGCUGUGUGACUCAGAUGUCAACGAGUGUGCUCAGCAGAACGGGGGCUGCUCGCAGAUCUGCCACAACCAGCCCGGGAGCUUCCACUGCGCCUGCAACAGCGGCUACGUGCUGGGGCCAGACAGCAGCAGCUGCCAAGACGUGGACGAGUGUGCAGACGCGGGCACGUGCGGGAGCGCCCACUGCAGGAACCUGCCCGGCUCCUACUCCUGUCUCUGCGAGGACGGCUACAUGUUCAGCGCCCAGGAGAAGGCUUGCCGAGAUGUGGACGAGUGUGCCCAGGGCCUCUGCGAGCAGUCCUGCACCAACAGCCCUGGGAGCUACACGUGCCACUGUGACGGCCGCGGGGGCCUCAAGCUGUCCCCAGACAUGAGCACCUGUGAGGACAUCCUGCCAUGCGUGUCCUUCGCCGUGGCCAGAAGCGCCAAGUCCCUGUACCUGGGCCGCAUGUUCAGCGGGACGCCCGUCAUCCGCCUGCGCUUCAAGCGGCUGCAGCCCACACGGUUCAUGGCCGAGUUUGAGUUCAGGACCUUUGACCCCGAGGGCGUGCUCUUCUUUGCGGGGGGCCAGAGGGACAGCAGCUGGAUCGUCCUGGGCCUGCGGGCCGGCCGGCUGGAGCUGCAGCUGCACUACCAGGGCGUGGGCCGCGUCACGAGCAGCGGGCCCUUCAUCAGCCAUGGGGCAUGGCUGACGAUCUCGGUGGAGGAGCUGGAGCGCAGCCUGGUGGUGAAGGUGGACCAGGACGCCGUGAUGAGGCUCGCCGUGUCCGGGGGCCUGUUCCAGCUGCACCGGGGGCUCUACCACCUCAACCUGACCGUGGGCGGCAUCCCCUUCAGCGACAGGGACCUGGUCCAGCCCAUGAACCCGAGGCUGGACGGCUGCUUGCGGAGCUGGAACUGGGUAAACGGGGAGGACACGGCCAUCCAGGAGACCGUGCGGGCCAACAGCCGCAUGCAGUGCCUCUCGGCCGCUGAGCCCGGCUCCUUCUUCCCGGGCAGCGGCUUCGCCUUCUACCGUCUGGACUACGCUCGGACCUCCCCGGAGGUCGGCACGGAGACCACCUGGGGAAUAGAGAUCGUGGCUCGGAUCCGCCCUGCGGCCGACACGGGGGUGCUGCUUGCGCUGGUGGGCGAGGACCGCACCGUGGCCCUGUCCGUGGCCCUCGUGGACUACCACUCCACCAGGAAGCUCAAGAAGCAGCUGGUGGUGCUGGCUGUGGAGAAUGUCCCCCUAGUGCUGAUGGAGAUCAAGGUCUGUGACGGCCAGGAGCACGUGCUGGCUGUGUCCAUGAACAGCAGCCUGGCCUCCCUGGAGGUGGACGGCACGUGCGGCCAGCGUGAGGUGAGCCCUGCGGGGCUGCAGGAGAGACUGGCCGUCCUCGGGAGACACCUGCAGGGCCCUGUGCUCACCUUCGUCGGGGGACUGCCAGAGGUGCCGGUGACCUCAGUGCCCGUCACCGCCUUCUUCCGCGGCUGCAUGACGCUGGAGAUCAACCAGAGGACACUGGACCUGGACGAGGCUGCCCACAAGCACAGCGACAUCCUGUCCCACUCCUGCCCCCCGGCCACCCCCACGGGCACCUAGCCCGGGGAGGGAGAGGACCCAACCCACCGCGCCCAGCACCUGAGCAGCUCAGCAGCACCCACAGACACAAGAGACCGUGGGAAAGAAGUCUGUUAUUUUUAUUACCAAAUGCUUCUUUCUGAUUGAAACUACGGGGAAAUUAAAUAUUUACAGCCACCUUUUUAA